UGAAGCGGAAUAUAAAGGGAGUGUGAGACCGGAGGGGAAAGUGAAUGGCGGAGGACUGAGGGGGUCCCCCCUCCGCGUCCCCGGCCGCCCUGUUCACCCUCGUCCAUCCUCCCUUCCCGAAGCUCGCCCUCGGAGGCAGGAGCGGCCGGCGCCUUCGGCCGCCGAGGAGGAGGAGGAGGAGGAGGAGGGGAAGGAGGCAUCGUGCCGGGCGGAGCGUCGGGCCCCGUUUUCCUCCCCGGCGUCUUGAAUACAAAGAUUACGGUGCAGAAGGAAAUUGCACUCGCCUCCUCCGCCCCCCGGUACCCGACACAAUGCACCAGCCGCCGGAGUCCGCCGCCGCGGCGGCCGCUGCAGACAUUAGUGCUAGGAAGAUGGCGCACCCGGCGAUGUUCCCUAGAAGGGGCAGCGGCGGCGGCAGCGCCUCUGCGCUCGGCGCAGCAGGUACCGGCGUCGCUAGUAAUGCCCCCUCUUCCGAGGAUUUUCCGCCUCCGUCGCUGCUCCAGCCGCCACCUCCUGCAGCAGCAUCUACGUCGGGACCACAGCCUCCGCCUCCACAAAGCCUGAACCUCCUUUCGCAGGCUCAGCUGCAGACGCAGCCUCUAGCGCCAGGCGGGACUCAAAUGAAAAAGAAAAGUGGCUUCCAGAUCACUAGCGUUACGCCGGCCCAGAUCUCCGCCAGCAUCAGCUCUAACAACAGCAUAGCAGAGGACACCGAGAGCUAUGAUGAUCUGGACGAAUCUCACACGGAAGAUCUGUCGUCUUCCGAGAUCCUUGAUGUGUCACUGUCCAGGGCUACUGACUUGGGGGAACCUGAACGCAGCUCCUCAGAAGAGACUCUCAAUAACUUCCAGGAGGCCGAGACCCCCGGGGCCCUCUCCCCCAACCAGCCACACCUUCCGCAGCCUCAUUUGCCUCACCAUCCGCAGCAGAAUGUCGUGAUCAACGGGAGCACGCAUCCACACCACGUCCACCACCACCAUCACGUUCAUCACGGGCACCACCUCCACCACGGGCACCACCAUCCAUCCCAUGCUGGUGUGGCGGGUGCGUCCAUCUCCGGAGGGCCACCCCCAAGCCCAGUAUCCAGAAAACUCUCUGCAACUGCAAGCUCUGACAGCGUGGUCCCAGCUGCACCAACUUCUGCUGUGUCAUCGGGUGGCUCACCUGCAUCUGUAAUGACUAAUAUCCGUGCUGCAGGCACGACUGGCAGCAUAGGUAUAAAUCCCGUCACUGGCGCUAACACAGUGAAUAAUGUUACCAUUUCUGCUGUGGGUAGUUUUAAUCCCAGUGUGACGAGCAGCGUGCUUGGUAGCGCUAAUAUCAACGCGAGCAGUGUUCCUAGUGCUGCUGGCGUGAGUGUGGGGCCUGGAGUGAGCAGCGGUGUUAAUGUGAAUAUCUUGAGUGGCAUGGGCAAUGGUACUAUUUCUUCCUCGGCUGUUGUUAACAGUGUCCCCAGUGCAGCUGCAGGGAUGACUGUGGGAUCAGUUUCGAGUCAGCAGCAACAGCCAACAGUUAACACGUCAAGGUUCAGAGUCGUGAAGUUAGAUUCUAGUUCCGAGCCCUUUAAAAAGGGGAGAUGGACUUGCACCGAGUUCUAUGAAAAGGAAAACGCUGCACCUGCUACGGAAGGUGUGAUAAAUAAAGUGGUGGAAACUGUCAAACAGAACCCAGUAGAAGUGACUUCUGAGAGGGAGAGCACGAGUGGGAGCUCAGUGAGCAGUGGCGUCAGCACACUGAGUCACUACACGGAGAGCGUGGGCAGUGGGGAGAUGGGGGCCCCCGCCGUGGUGCAGCAGCAGCCGCCGCCGCCGCCAGCAGCUCUGCCAGGUGUGGCCCUUCAGCAGGUGGACUUCGGCAGCCCUGGUCCACAGAGCAUUUCAGCAGUUAGCAUACCACAGAGUAUUUCUCAGUCACAGAUCUCACAAGUACAAUUACAGCCUCAAGAACUGAGCUAUCAGCAAAAGCAAGGUGUCCAGCCAGUACCUCUGCAAGCCACGAUCAGUGCCGCCACUGGUAUCCAGCCGUCACCUGUUAACGUGGUCGGUGUAACUUCAGCUUUAGGUCAGCAGCCUUCCAUCUCUGGUUUGGCUCAACCCCAACUGCCGUAUUCUCAGACGGCUCCUCCCGUGCAAGCUCCCCUUGCAGGAGCAGCACCCCAGCAGUUACAGUACGGGCAGCAGCAGCCGACAGUUUCUACGCAGAUGGCCCCUGGCCACGGUCAGGCGGUGACUCAGAUCCCUGCUUCAGAGUAUGUACAGCAGCAGCCGAUUCUGCAAGCGGCAGUGUCCUCUGGCCAGCCCGGUCCUGCAGGGGUGGGAGCAGGAGCAACGGUGAUUCCCAUGGCUCAGCCACAGAGUGUCCAGCUGCCAGUGCAGCCCGCAGCAGCCCCAGCACCACCUGCAGGGGCGUCCGGCCAGCCUGUGGGCCAGGCUCAGGCAGCAGUAUCUGCCGUACCUACUGGCGGUCAGAUUGCAAAUAUCGGUCAGCAAGUGAACGUGCCCACCGCAGUGCAGCCGCCCUCUGCCCAAGUCACACCUUCAGUCAUUCAGCAAGGUGCUCCUUCAUCAUCGCAGAUAAUUCCGCCCGCUCAGCCCGCGAUUAUUCAUCAGGGAGUUCAAACUAGUGCUUCGGGCCUUCCUCAGCAAUUGGUCAUUGCUCCCCAAAGUACCUUGUUAACUGCGCCUCCCCAGCCGCAGGGAGCAGAACCCGUGGCCCCGGGAGUCGUGGUGCAGCAGUUGCCGGCACUUAGUCCUUUGCCCCCUGCUGGUAGUGUUUCUGUUACGAGUCAGGUUAGCUCAGCCGGGCCUUCUGGAAUGCCUUCUGCCCCAGCAAACUUGGUUCCACCACAGAAUAUAGCACAAACCCCUGCCACUCAAAAUGGUAACGUGGUUCAAAGUGUUAGUCAACCUCCCCCGAUAGCAACUAAUAUAAAUUUGCCUUUGGCACAACAGCUAUCACUAAGUUCUCAGUUCUCUGCACAAUCAUUAGCUCAGGCAAUUGGAAGCCAAAUCGAAGAUGCCAGGCGCCCAGCGGAACCCUCCAUAGUUGGCUUACCUCAGACUCUGAGUGGCGACGGUGGGGGCAUGUCAGCAGCUUCAGAUGGGAGUAGCAGCAGCCUAGCAGCCUCUGCUUCUCUUUUCCCGUUGAAGGUGCUACCGCUGACGACACCCCUGGUGGAUGGCGAGGAUGAGAGUGCUUCUCUCCUACCAGAGGUGCAAGGAGCGAUCCUAGAACCACAGAUACAGCCAAGACCACGGAGAGCUUUUGACGUCAGGGGUCCACUUCCUCCACUGAAGGCUUGGAGGCAGAAUAUCCAGCUUCUGGAGAGAGUGGGAAAGGAUAAGAAACAAGUGGGUGCUUUCCAUUAUUUACUUGGGUUUAUUUAUAGGUCGGAGUGUCCUUCCCAUCGCCCAUUUAAUUCCGUUGGUGAACUCCUUGGGUUCAUAUUAGAACCGAGUGGGGCUGCAAUCUGUUUGUUUUUCUAAGAAUGCUCACUGGUUAGUGCCUGUUCAAAAAAGAGACCUAAAAUUUAUUUAUCUCUCCAGAUAAUUAAAGCAGUGGAUAAUUUGGGGCACUUGAUUUGGUGAAUACCUGUGUAGUCCACAGGAUUUUUUAAAAGAGAGUAUUUGCCCAUUAUACUUUAACGGUAUUAGCGGGCUUGCAAGUGCUCUCUUAUAUUCCAGUAAUGAAGACGUGUCUGUAUUUCAUCUCCGGGUAAGCUGGACAUCUGAACGCUGCUAACUUACAGUGGGAUGUCCAGGUGUUCUACCCUGUUAGUGAGAAAGUUUGGGUCUUUUUCCUACCUCAAACUUUAGGACUUUGUAUUAAUUAGAUCUUGGAAGUUGCAAUGACACUACUGUUAUGAUUUUACUGUCAAAUCUAGGCUUCAUUCUUUAAGAAGAUAAAUAUGAAUGAAUAUAAGUUUCAGGAUCCAGUAUCCCUGAAAGCUAUGAUAAAUACCCUCACCAGUAGUUUCCUCGUCCCUAGGAACCAUGUUAUUUGUGGCAGGAGAGCCUUGUCCUAGAUUUCCCCAUGGCGUUAAGAUGGUUUUCCCUUAGUCUCUUUGAUGCCAGGGGCAGGAUUUGAUCCCAGGAAGCUCUUAGCAUCUGCGGUGGGUAGAAUGUGAACUCGGUGCCUUUGGCAAGUUUUCAUUUUUCCUUGGUGGAUCCCUUCUGUGACUCCAGGUAUCUUGGUAAUGGGAGACGGUUUAUUUGUUCUCUAAUCGCCCAGAUUUCUUUCACCUGGUAAACGUCAUGCUUCUUCAGCAAAAGGAACCUCUUCUAGCAGAGCCGCCAUGGACGGUAACUCACACACGCAGCACCAGCAGUUGGAAGGCAGUGCUGGACGGAGCCAUGCGCUAUGCCUAGAAGACACAAGGACGAGAGAGCCACCUCACCUUGUCACUUGCAAACUCGGAGAUUUGCUCUGGCGUACUCUCGGUUUGGAAAUGGAAAGGCUCAAAUAAUGCGAUAAGCUUUUCAGAUUGGAAUCUUACGUGGCCGUGACACUAUUCCUUUCUGUUCGGAAGACCGAGAUAGAGGAAGCACGGGAGACUCCUUUCUCUUAAGAGCAGCUCUCUGUGUCUGUUUCACUUCAGACUUGUGGGAUUGAGAAUCGCCUUACUCAAGCACGCAGACCUUUUUAAGCAGCGUAGGAGAUCCAAAAAAAAACUUAAUGAAAUUGUUUUUUUGUUGCCUUGCAGUGAAAGGAACUAGAGAUAAAGGCGAACGUCUUAAUUAUUUCCAAAUUACUUUUAAAAUCAGGACACACUCUUUUAGCUUACCUUUUUCCGGUCUUGAGCCUUAUUUUUAUUGGUCAGAUCAACAAAGAUGCUAGUACAGAAGCAGAAGAGACAUCUUUUGAGAUGAAAGUAGCUCGUUCCUUCUUCUGAAGUAGGACACACCUGUGAAAGCGAGGGUAGUGUCUGCACUGCAGGUGUAGUAAAGUUUGAGUGACGCUGAGGCAUUUUACAGAGCAAGUGCAGGACGUGUGGACCAGUGUCGCAUAUAGUUACCAAGUGACGAGUUGAUGGUAAUAGUUAUCAAAAUUUUUCUGUGUCUUUGUUUUUGUAUCUAUUAACUGGUCAAACAAAGCUGUUAAAGACGUUUUUAAAAGUUAUCUGAUGCUGCCAGUUUUAUUUGGUGUAAAUUUUAAGAAUAGAAAUUCUAGAAUUAUUAAUAUGGAAGCAUCUAAAAUGUUUCAGAAAACAAAUUUGCUAAGUUAUAACCUGGUCUUUAGUCUUUCUUGGCUGUUAGACCUGUUUUAUCCUCGUUAAUUCUAAGUACAUUUUUAUGUGUUUAGUACUUAAAAGCAAUUUAAAAAUAAUCAGUUUAAACUAAAAUUUUUUUAGAGAGCUCUGAGUUUUCAUAAACAGUUACAGCUUUCUAUGCUUGAUUUGGUUUUGUUAAAUGUUAAUAAGACAGUUUUUACAAUUACAUAUAAAUUUUAAAAAACCUACUCAGCAUCUCAGAAAAGAGCCGGGGAGUGGAAAGUGAAAUCCGUGGGGAAAUUCAGUUAGCCGAGCUCUUUGACGCACAGUGCGAACUCUUUAUUGGCCUGCGAGAUCGUUAGCCUUGUGUUUCAGUUUUGAAAGAUGAAAAGUGAUUUAAUCGCUUAAUCUCAUGCUUUGAUUAAAUUUUAGCUCUGUUCCUUAAAGUUUGCAAAAGAAAUGUAAGUGCAUUUCUAGUCUCGUCAUGCCACUAAAAGCUAUUUAAAAGUGAAACUUUUUGUGUAUUAAUGUGAACUGAUUUGUUUAUUUAAACUUUUAUUUUGAUACAUUUUCCUUUCAGAUUUUUUCAUAUUUUGUGUCACAAUAUGCAAU